ACAACAAUGUUGUUAAAUUGGCGACUUGGGAUGUCGAGGAUAUCUAUAAGACGGAGGCCUAUGUGAAGGAGAGUGAUGACCUGGUGCCCAUCAAGUGGAUGUCCCUGGAGGCCAUACGCGACCGUUUCUUUACUGUACAGAGCGACGUAUGGGCCUUUGGAGUGACUCUAUGGGAGCUUUUCAGCCUAGGAUCGGUUCCAUAUGCGGGCAUACAAAUCGGGCCAGACUUCCUAAAAGACCUGGAAGCAGGACUCAGGAUGGAGGAACCCAAAUAUGGGAAUGAUGACCUGUAUGUUCUUGAGUUGAUCCUAAUUGUAUGUACAGUCAAAGGAUAAACUGCUUGCAUGCAUUCUCCUAGAAUGUUGCUUAGAAUGUCAAAUAACGUAUCUCAUACU